GUUUCAGCUCUGUCGCCAUGGAACCGCUCACGCUGACAAAAGAGCCAGUCGUUGAGAAGGAUGCUAUGGAGGAAUCGACGGAUUUCUACCGUGGUAUGGCUGAAGAGCUGUCCAGCCUUGCUCCUUUGAGUGCAGAAAUCCAAUGGGCUCCAGACGUGCCUUUGCGCGCCAAGCGCACCGUCGCCGUCCCCCGCGUUGCAGCCACUGGGCGGCUCCCACGCCCAGAGCCACGGGAGCCGCGCGCAGCUCCACGGCGGGUGCCCGAGUGGCCGCGGGAGCCGCGGGAGCCGCGGGAGCCACCCCCGGUGGCACGAGACGUGACAGAGGUAUCCACGAAGCGGCCGCCGCAUUUGGCCAUACACACGCGCCCAGUGCGGACGGCCGCACGCCGGGGUCUGCAGACCCCGCAGGGACGACGUUUGCGGCUGGGUGCCAAGGCUGCCAAGCCGAGCAAGGAGAGUGCCGGAACGGAAGUGGAGCUGAGCCACGAGGAAAAAACCAUAGAGGCCACGGCGAUGCCGGUGGCUGUGCCAUCGGUGCCACCGGUGCCACCACCUGCAGCAGGACCGGAACUGGUGAGUCGCGCAGUGUCGGUGCAGGAGGAUCUCCUAUCCAGGCCUGAGACCUAUGGUGAGUCCGCUCUCAGUGACGUCUACGAGGCAGCGUUUCGGGAAGAUCCGCCAAUACCGAGACCACAGGUGCAGCUGCUAGAAGUCUUGGACUUGCAACUCUUCCUGCCAGCGCGAACUGUGACAGCGACACCAGCAGAGGUCUUCCAGGUCUUCCAGGCCAGGGAGAGUCACUUGCCCCAGCGAGAGAUUUCAGAGGAGCCUUCUCCGCGACGGCACCCAGAGCCCUCGAAGUCGGCGUCCCCGCGAACAAAGGAACACUUCAACUUCCAGGCCUUCCAGGCCACGCAACGCCCACUCAGAGGGCUCAUCCUUGAUGUCAUCGACGAAAUGAGCAAACCCACUGCAUACCAGGAGCCAGCUGAGGUCGUGGGCGGAAGCGAGUUGGCUCCCCUCUUCACGUCCGAGGCGCGGCGGUCAAUGCCACUGGACGAGGACACCUAUGGACGCAGAUUGGGCCGGAUACCGCCCCCUUACGAGGUGGGUCCACCACCACCUUAUGAUGGUCUGGGUCCAGCAGUGACCGAAGCAGAGGAGCAACUACGCAAAACAUUGCAGAAGAAGCAGGAACAGUUGGAGUCCAAAGAGAAGGCUUUGGCAGCGAGCCAAGCCGAAGCACAAGCGCAGGUAAAGCACCUGGCUGACUUGCAGCAGAAGGUGCAAGAGCAAUCCCUAGCCCUAGCACAGGCACAAGCCACCUUGCAAGCGCAGGUUCAUUCUCAGCGCGAAGAGACCAAUCAUCUGAUUCAGACAGUGCAGCAGCACAGUGAGGCUGCUCAGCACUCCCUGGCGGAAGCUGCACAACGGGGCCUACACGAGAUGCAGGAACGACUAGCCGCUGGCCUGGCAUCGCGCGACAGCGACAGCGACAGCAAUCCGCUGCAUCAACGCCUUGGGAGACUUGAGGCGUUGUUGGAGGGUCGUUUCUCUGAGACGUUGAAAGCCAUGACGUCGCAGAGCGAGGUGCGCCCUCAGCUGUUCAUCAGCCACUGA